AUGUCCGCGAGCAGGCAGUACUACCAUGCAAAGAAACGAUCGGAGGAAGAUCCUUUACAGUACCUGUAUCGGCUUAAUGUGAUGGGAAUGCAGGCGAAGAUACCGGUGAUGACUGGAUUGCCAGCUGCGCGCAAGGAACAUGUCAAUCAUUUCAUUGACACCUUGGACGACCCCGAUCUGUCCAAUCAAUUGCUACUGCUGAAUGUAGAAGACGCGGAGGCCAUGCAAAGACACUGCACGGAUAUCAACAAGGGAGAUCGCGUCAAGGGAAAGUGA